AUGGAUACAGUUGCUACAUGGGACAGCAUGACGCCUCCAUCGCCGGCAGUGCCGAUCGCAGACGGCCAGCAUACCUCGAAUUCGAGGAAAAGGUCCCGGACGGAUGACUCCGAUACGUCGGUGGUGAUAACGGCUACAACUAAGGAUGGAGCGCGGCCCAAGAAGCGUGGGCGGCCAAGGCUCACCCAGGCCGACAACAAAACAUACUUGGAGCGUCGACGAACCCAGGUCCGGGUAGCCCAGCAAAAGUACCGCAACAAGAAGGAACAAAGUAUCGUCGACCUUGAGCAACAAGUCAAGGAGGAGAAGGCACAGCGCAGAGCGCUGGAGCAGGGGUUUCAGCACUUCCUUUCCCUUCUUCAGGAUAACGACACGAUGCUGGACAGCCCGGAGGACGUCCUCUCCAGCUUCACUGCGUUGCGUCAGAGGUUAUGCCCUGCCGAUCUGGACAAGAAGAAUCAACAAGACAACCAGAGCACCUCAUCGUCUGCAAGUGGGCAGCACCAACCACACUCUACGACCAAGCAAUCUCAGGCCACCUGGGGCUUUGAAGGUGACUUUCUCGACUGUAACGAAGUGGAGCGCUAUCUCCAGGAUCUAGGCAUCGACAUUCCCGCCAACGCAGAGUUCGUCUAUGCUGAGCUCAACCCAGCGCGGUUUGCGGAUGGACAGGCCACAGACACCGUCCCUGUCCACGCCGUUGACAGCGAUGUGUACGCAUCCAGUGCCGUGGUGAAUAACGCGCAGGACUGGUCUGCCUAUGGAGCGACAUCUGUCUUUGACAACGGCACGGAGCCCUGUGCACCGGACAUCAACGGCCUGAAUCCAUUCCUGUGUCCGGCAGUACCGCCGAAGGCCUGGGUGAACAGGGAUCCUUCGAAUCUGCUCUUUGCGACUAAAAUCAGUGUGCCCAUGCUGGUGGAGGAGAUAAUGGGGCGGUGCGUCUGCCUGGGCAGGACCCCCGGCGUCCGCCCCAAGGACGUCGACCGAGCGAUCAAGAUCGCGUCAGGAAACGCCGCAAUUCUUCAUCUCCCAUCAAACCCCGCCUCAUCAUACACGACGCUACAGAAGACGCAGUGUCUCCUGAACAGCCCGCAUGCGAGUGCGCUCGACAUUGCAUCUCGCGCAGUGGAGCUGCUGGAGGAUGACCCCCUCUACAACGCUGGCCGGGGCGCUGUCUUCACGCGCGACGGCAUCAACGAGAUGGAAGCCAGCGUCAUGGUCACGCGAGGCCAUGCCAAGCGCACAGCGGGCGUCAUGGGCCUACGGCACGUGCGGAACCCAAUCUUGCUGGCCAGGGAGAUCCUCUUGAGAGGAGAUGAUGACCUACUGGGGUUGGAGGGAGAUGCUAUCGCCCAAGAGGGACUCGACGUGCCGAGCGCGCAGGGCCACACUUUGCUUCACGGUCCGACAGCUGAGGCUCUCGCGCGCCAGUAUGGUCUAUCUCUCGUUAGCCCCGAGUAUUUUUUCACGCAGAGACGAUGGGACGAGCACGUCCACUCCCUGUCGCGGGCGAGACUGGGCAAAGGCCGCGUCGCCACAUACUCUAGCGAAACGUAUCUACCCCAGGGGACGUGCGGUGCCGUGGUUGUGGACAGCCAGGGCAUCAUCUGCGUCGCGACCAGCACCGGUGGCCUGACGAACAAGCUCACCGGUCGAAUAGGAGAUACGCCAACCCCGGGCGCCGGAUACUGGGCAGAGGAGUGGGUUGACAAACUGGGGACGUCCUCGCCCAGCUCUUCUGUGUACAAUACGGCGAUGGAGAUUACAGGUGCGCUGAAGGGCAUCUUGGCAGAUUGCCUGCCUACCCCUUUUCAGUACGCGCCACUAAACAGAGACACCAUCACAACAAAGAGCAUGGCCGUCUCUGGGACAGGCAAUGGCGACUCCUUCCUCCGGACGGGCGCUGCCCGCAGCGUCGCCGCCAUGGCACGCUACGCACCAUUUUCGACACGCACAUCGCUCACCCGCGUUGCUGGCCCAGGCGGCGAACUCCAGCACAGCGCCGGCAACCGCUGGGACGACGAGACGGGCGAAGGGCAGGGAGGGAUGAUUGGCAUCGAGAGCACGGUCACGCGAGACGCAGCAGGCCGUGUGGUGGACGCGACGACGGACGUCGUGAUGGAUUUCAACUGCGGCGGCAUGUUCCGCGCGUGGUUCGACGAGCACGGCAAGGCACGAAUGAGCAUAUGGACCAACGACGGGGACGAUGCGGAUUUGUGA